CGACUUGCUCGGUGAGGAGGCUCGGCGCGCAGCUUGAUAGAUAGGCCAUCUGUAAGAGCUGAAAGGGACAAGAAGCCCAGACGAUGAUGAGCUGAGACAGAUAGAUUAGAUAGAUAGAUAUAAUUCAUUCCUCAAUUAUAAACCUAGCUACUAUAUAUUAUCAUCCUCUUUUUGGUGAGGAAGUGGAGAUAAUGAUAGUAAUUAAUUAGCAUGGAUAUUGGCAGAGGCUAAAGUGGCCUCACCCUUGUUCUGGGAACCUUCUGAGGCAGUACUGUGCGUUGGCAGGACAAAUUAUUGAGCGAUAAGAAGGCGCAAAACCAAGCCAAUUUUCAUGUGAUUCGUCGCAGACCUCUUCUUCCUCUUUGAUUCCUAGCUGGUGUGGAUGGCCGAGAAUUGUAGGAGGAGGAGGGGAAGCUGAUUAGGGUCUCUGUGUUCUGAUCGAUGGAGUUCACACACGGAAGGAGAUCUAGAGAGAGGUUUUUCAUGAGUAGUAGUAGUAGUAGUAGUCAUCAGGAAGAGCAGCAAGUGCAGGUAGGCGGCGGCGCGCCUUUUUUGAUGGUUUCGUCUCCCUUGUCGUCCUCGAAUUUGCGGGGAGGGAAUUGGAUGGUGCCGGAGAGGGAGCAGAUGUUCGAGAAGGUGGUGACGCCGAGCGACGUGGGGAAGCUGAACCGGCUGGUGAUCCCCAAGCAGCACGCGGAGCGGUACUUCCCGAUGGACGCGGCGGCGGACGGCGGGAAGGGGCUGCUGCUGAGCUUCGAGGACCGGACGGGGAAGGCGUGGCGGUUCCGCUACUCCUACUGGAACAGCAGCCAGAGCUACGUGAUGACCAAGGGCUGGAGCCGCUUCGUCAAGGAGAAGCGCCUCGACGCCGGCGACACCGUCUGCUUCAGCCGCGGCGGGGACCGCCUCUUUAUCGACUGGAAGAAGCGCCGCGUCCGCGAUCCUUUCACGGCGGCGGCCGCCAGGGGGGUUCCUUUCACCGGAUUCUCUUUCGGCCCGCCACCCAUGGUCGGCCCAUGGGGAACUUCUUCUCCCACCUUCUUUGCGCCUUCCACCGCCACUCCUGCCCACGGCUCGCAGAUUGUCUUCUUCCGGGCGCCACCACCAGUCGAGGGGCGGCCCGCCGACGUGUCGGUGGUUCUAGAGUCGACGCCAUCCGCCGGUAGCCGCCAGGCGGCGGCCAAGGGCCUGAGGUUGUUCGGGGUGAACCUCUUCUGCUCCGGAUCAGAAGGGGGCGGCGAGACACAAGCUUCUUCGUCGCCGGCGUCGGUGUCCAAGGAGCGUAAACAUUCCUCGUCCUUAAAUGUUGACCUAUGAUUCCAAUUUUGAGCUUCUUGAUUACUUCAAUUAUAAAAGAAGGCGGCCUCGACCUCGAUCUCUCCUUCUCCUCUUCCUCCUCCAAGUUGUAAAUAUCCAGGAAGACAGAUACAAAUUUGCUUUUGUAAUGCUUGCAAAGGGAUUGAAGUCCAUCAAUUGCUCAUGAUCUUUAAUUCGUUUUCAA